GUUGUAAUAGAAAAAAUAGGGUGUUAAUUUCGUCCUUUGAUCCCAGUGAAAACCGGAGAGAGUGGUCUUGAUCGAGAAAUUCAUAUUUGUGAAGGAAACAGUGAAAUGGAAAACGAAGGUGGUUCAAAUUCGAAUGCCACCACCACCAUAACCCUAAGCGUGAAGUUCAGUGGUUCCACUAUUCCCAUAUCUAUCUCACCCCAAUCAACCAUCAAGGAACUCAAAUCCCUUCUUCUUCCUCUCACCAAUGUCCUUCCAAGAGGCCAGAAAAUCAUCUUCAAAGGAAAGGUUUUGGAAGAUCCCAUUACAUUGUCAGCAUCCAACUUGAUUAAUGGCUCCAAACUCAUGCUUCUUGCUUCUCAGGGUUUAUAUCAAGGGGAUGGUCCUGUCUUGAAGAAUGCUCAGGUUGUUCCUAGAUCGAGGAAAGAUAGCCACUCAAGCUUUAGUAACGACACGAAGAAAGUUCCGGUAAAGAACAGAUUGGAACGGUGGAAAGCAACAGGAGUUGUAGCAUUGUCUGAAUGCAACUUGGAGGCCAUACCUGAUGAGGUUUGGAAUUGUGGAUCUUCUGCAAGAGUUCUAGAUUGCAACAACAAUUUACUUAAAAAUGUCCCUGUUGAAAUUUCGCGUCUUACUGGUCUAGAGAAACUACUUAUUAAUGCCAAUGACUUAUUGGAUGAAUCAAUUAACUGGGAAGGACUGGCAAAUCUGAAGUACCUAACUGUACUAUCAUUGAACCAGAACCGUUUAACUACUUUGCCAUCUGCGUUGGGAUCGAUAAGCUCUUUGAGGGAGCUGCAUGUCUCCAAUAAUAAGUUGACUGGCCUUCCUGAUGAAAUAGGGCAGCUGACACAGUUAGAAGUCUUGAAAGCCAACAAUAAUAGGAUGAGUAAAAUCAGUGAAUUUAUAGGGAACUGUCAUUCUCUUGUUGAGGUUGAUUUCUCAUCAAAUUUGCUGUCAGAAUUGCCAGAGACAUUCAGUAGUUUGAACAAUAUGAAGGCUUUGCAUCUUAGUAACAAUGGCAUGAAAUCCCUGCCAUCUAAACUAUUCAAGACUUGCUUGCAGCUUUCUACAUUGGAUCUCCACAAUACAGAAAUAACAAUCGAUCUACUUCGUCAGUUUGAAGGAUGGGAUGAUUUUGAUGAGCGUCGUCGCUCGAAGCAUCAGAAACAACUAGAUUUUCGAGUCGGUGUUUCUAGAGAUUUUGAUGAAGGUGCUGACAAAAACUAAGUAGAAAUUAUUUUUGGUCAUGAGUAAUGCAGUUCAAACUUGAUUAUAGUUCCUUAACUUGCCUCUGGUGGCAGAUUGGAAAUUUGUUAUAGUGAAACUUUCCUAUGAGUACAUCAUUAAAACCUUACCAAAAAAAAUCUCAUGAGACAGAUGCCUAUUGAAAGAAAAUGAGUACGUUAUUUCUUAAA